AUGCACAGCUCUCCAGGGGCAGACCAGGUCACGUACAAGGCACUCCGCAAUCUCCCUCGGAGCGGGCUCGAAGCCCUCCUCAAACUCUUUAACGAAUCAUGGCGUUCAGGAUGCGUCCCGCAGCAGUGGAAAACGGCGAUGGUGGUUCCCAUCCUCAAACCAGGGAAAUCCCCUCAUAACAUCGACUCCUUCAGGUCAAUAGCCCUGACAAGCUGCGUCGGAAAGGUUAUGGAGCGCAUGGUAUCUUCCCGCCUCAACUGGUACCUCGAGUCCACGAUGUUCUUCCCUGAAGCCAUGGCAGGUUUUCGGCAAGGCAGGUCGUCAAUUGACAAUGUCGUCGACAUUGUCUCCAGCACACAGCAAGCACGCUCUGAAGGGAAGCUCACUGUGGCGGUCUCCCUGGGCGUGAUGAAGGCCUACGACAGCGUCCUCCACAGCACCAUCGUCGCGACGCUUCAAGAAGCGGGAGUGGGCAACCGCCCGCUCUCGUGGAUACAAGAUUUCCUCAGCAACCGGUCCCUGUUUAUUCGUACUGCCGACGGCGACACCGCUACCUUUGUUGUGCAGCGCGGCGUUCCGCAGGGCUGUGUGCUCAGUCCCCUCUUCUUUAAUGUCAUCAUGGCCUUCCUCCCUUCGCAAAUAAGUACUGACGUCAACAUUACGAUCUACGCGGACGACAUUUGCAUUUGGACGUCAUCCACCCGCCGGGACACUAUCCAACGCCGCCUACAAGGUGCUGUCAACACCGUCGAGUCCUACCUCUCCGACUGUGGUCUCUCCGUGUCCCCAUGGCUAUCGUGGUCGCAACAUGUCAGGGCCCUGUCUUCCAAAGCCAACAUCCUCGCAAAUGUGCUGCGCCGCAUCUCCGGCGCCUCCUGGGGCCCGUCGUACGCCGACCUCCGCCAUGUGCACAACUCGCUCACGCUGGGCGCUCUCCGCUACAGCCUCCCGGUCCUGCACGGUGUUGGCCGUACAGGACAGCGGGAACUCUUAAAUAUCCAGGCCCGUAGCCUCCGUAUCUGUCUCGGCGUCCCAAGGACGUCCGAAACCUUCUCGGUCCUUGCAGAGGCGGGAGAAUCCCCGGCCCCCAUCCUCCGCGACAAGGAGACCCUCCGAACCUACGCGCGCUUCAUCACACGGCACCCCCUGAAUCAUCUGCGAACGAUACCGCAGAAGUACCCGGACUCUGCCUUCGGCGACGCCAUUCGCAGACUCAACGGGCGCCUUCCGCCUGCACCGGCGGGGUCGUUCGCACCCCAUAUGUGGACCUUCGACCGACCCACAACGAUAAAACGCAUCCCCGGCCUCCCUCGCAUGCAUGACACACCCACGGGGGUCGCGCGGCAGCUCGCGUUGGAGGAAAUUUACUCGCUUCAUGACCAGCGAGUACCCAUAUACACCGAUGGCUCGGUGAUACCAGGCGGGUCGGCAGCAGCCUUCUACGUGCCUCACGCCCACUGCAGCCGUGGGUUCAAACUCCCGUACGAGACUUCAUCCACCGAAACCGAAAUGAUCGUCAUUCAUGAAGCCCUGAAGUUCAUCUCGGCAUCCGUUCCCGCACCAUGGACCGUCUUUACAGACAGCAAGGCGGCGCUAGAAGUGCUGCCAUCAUUCUCGACCCCCCUUGUUCAGGACAUUGGCGCGCUCAUCGUUCAGUGCCUCAGCCGUCUCGCCCGCGCGGGCCACAGCGUUUGGCUUCAGUGGGUCCCCGGUCACACAGGCCUCCCCGGCAACACAUCCGCCGACGCCGCUGCGAAGCAGGCCCGCGCCUCUGCACCAUUGUUAUCGGUCCCGCUAUCACACUCGUCAUGCCGACUCCACAUAUGCCGCAUGUGCGCCCAGCACACUCGCCUCUUCACUGAGGGCGCCGUCCCAGCCCGCACUUUCCUUCAUUCCAUCGAUCCCAAGAUGGAGCUCACCAUCCCACUGAGCCUCUCUCGAAGAGAGAGCUCACUCCUUCACCGCCUACGACUCAACGUCGCUAAGACCCCAUCGCGCCAGUUCCUCAUGGGCAACAUAGGUUCCCCACUAUGCACAAAAUGUGGUGUGGUUGCGGACACUACCCACCUCCUCCUGCACUGCCGCCUUUACUCCUCAGCCAGAGCCGCACUUGAGCAACAGCUCUGA